GAGGAAGGCAAGUGAAAAGCAAGGAUAGAAAAGGACUUUAUUCCAUUUUCACGAUUGCAUUCAACAAGGUGUACCCCAACGCUUUUCCCGUCAGGAAAAUUUUUCAAGUUUAGUUUCCUUCAAAUCGGUGUGUGGUCCUACAGACCAAGCCCAAAGCAAAGCACCAUCAAGGACGCCGUCUUCGUCGUAGGUGUGUGGUGUGUGGCAAGGCAGGAAAGCACAUCUCCUUGUUCCUUACGAGCCCACUGCCUAUGUUGGUGUUAUUAUUAUUUUUUGUGGUUCUAUCAUCAUCCUUUUGUGAGCUAUUUUUAAACCCGAGGAUUUUUCUCCAUCAGCGUCGUCACUGAUACAAACCUGGAGAACCUGGAGGGUUCUGAGUAGUGAGUGCAACAGCAGCAGUUUAUAUGCGCUUAUUUUCCAUCAUUCCAAGCUACAGUUUGGGUUAGGAGGGAACCAGUUCGGCAGAAACCAUCGAGGAGUCAUUUUUUUUUUUUCCUUUUUCGGAAUUGAAGAUGUACAGUUCAUGAAUGGUGUUGAAGGGAGCAAGUUCAAAUGUCAAAAGUUGACUCAUCUAGCCUGGCACGAAGCUCGGCAGUAGUGUAGUGAAACAAAGAAACAUCCUGUUUUUCCCCGUUCGUCGGUGGUGUGGGAGAACGGGAAAAUCACUGAUAGCACUUGGUUAAUUGCUAGCAAGAAGCGAAAUCGUGUUCCGACAAAAUGGAAAUGGGUUUUCUGAAAUAUUGUGAUUUUUCGUGAGUGCUGACAGGAAUUUGGGGGGUAGUUUAUGCAAAGUAGCGUACAGUUUGUGAAUGGUUCUGGCACGGAAACCGCACCGUCAGAGCGUCGAGAGUUGCUUUAUUUUGUUCCAUUUCCUGGACCGGAAUUCGAUUCAAGCGGGAGAAUGGCUGUAACAAGUGAUAAUCGAUUUUCUCAAUGAAUCAUCAUUAAUCGUCGUCCGAAGUCAACGUCGUGUCGGUGCUUUUGUGCAAAGUUAUAAAGUCAGCAUUCCAGCCGUCGCCAUCGUAAUCAUCGAUCUGUAGCGGAAUGGCGCGAUAAGAGAAUGUGAAAAGUGUGUGGAAACUUGACUUUCCCCCCCUCUGGAACAAAGGCACCAUCCGUCUCCAUCGGAUCGUACGCAAAAAAGGAGAACGAGAACGCCGCUCCGGUAGGCGGUGCUGGAGUGCGGCACCGUCAACAGCAGAAUAAAAUGUGUGUUGUCAGAACCGGAUUUAUUGGGAGCCAUUUUUCCAACAGCAGAAUUCAGUAUGACCAGUCACUGUCACGGUCAGCAGGCAAAGUAUCAACAGCAGCUUCAGAGCCACCAGCAGAAGAAACGUAAGAUGAAUCUGAUGCCGAUCAAGCUCAACCGGAGGCGAUUCUACCUCUGCCUCAAGGUGAUGCUGUUGUUCGUGGUGUUUGGGCUGUACUUUGUGCUGCUGCUGCGGGAAUCGAUGACGGCAUUCUCCACCAACCGAAUCAAGUCUGGCGGCGGGAAGAAUGAAGCGCACAAAUCAUUCACCGAAGGACGACAGGCACGUCCUGGAAAGGGUGCCCUCCACCACAAACAUCAUCACCAGCAGCACCUGUCGGCGACGGGACAGCUCGAGUUCUCCAAGGAUACUAGUGCAGCGAACCACUCGACGCUGAACCCGGUGUACGAGUACUCGGAAGAACUGAAUGCCGCUGCCGAGGCAGACUUCAACGAGCGUCGUUCGGUGCUGUGGAAUGUUUGCGCCGAUCAUCGGAUCAUCGGAAAGUACCCACCGAAUGCGUGGGAGUUUUUCAUAUCACCCGGCCACGGGUUGGCUUGGUGUAACAUCUUCAAGGCCGCCAGCAGUACGUGGAUGUACUACUUCAACAUCCUUGGUGGUUACGAUAUCCGGUUUCUCCAGCGAACGAGAUCCUCACCCAUCGAUUUGGCGAGGAAACGCUUCCCACGACCAUCAACCGGGGAGCUGAACGAUUACCUUUCGAAUACGAUUUCGUUCCUGAUAGUGCGAGAGCCGUUCGAGCGAUUGGUGUCCGCGUACCGGAACAAGCUGGAGGGUUGCCGAAACAAGUACUACAAACUUCUGGGCGAGCAGAUCGUUAAGCGGUUCCGCAAGAAACUCAAGGAAGGCAGCAAACCGGCAUUGCACAAAUACCCGAAGGGACCAACGUUCCGUGAGUUCUUGGAGUUCUUGGUCGCUCACUACAAGAGCGGUGGCCGUUUCGACGAGCAUUGGAGUCCGGUGUACUCGUUCUGUACGCCGUGCAGUAUCAACUUCACGUUGAUUGCCAAAGUGGAGACGUUUCAACGGGACAGUGAGUACAUCAUUAGGCAGGCGGGGUUGGAGACGUUGCUGCUCAAUAAAUUGCCCCGCAGUCGGCUCCGGUCGAUUACCAACCGAGCGGCGAGCAAUACCCGGAAUCUUACACCGAGGUACUUCUCCCAGAUUGACGAGCGCCUACUGACUGAGGUGCUCGAGAUCUAUCAGCUGGAUUUCGAGCUGUUCGGCUAUAAUAGCACAAAGUACUACAGCUACGUACAGGAGUCAAUAGACGACGGAUAACAGUGAUAAACAUAGAAUAGUUGUGGAGAAAGCAGAAGUAUGUGUUUCGUUACAAAUAUACCCAGCCCAAUUCCAGGAAAGUAUAGCGAAUGACAAAUAUGUUGCACAUUCCCAGAACACACAUACACACGAGCAUAAAAACGAGACUUAAAGGUUAGGAUAGCAAUGUAAACUCUAAGCAAAAUAGUUAAAGAAAAACAAAACAAAACAUAUAAACAAACCCUGUUCGAUGUUCGUUUAUUGUCAAAGUGUCGUUAGCGUAGCAUAUACAUAUAUUCAUAUAUUUUUGAUAAGCUGAAGGAUCAGAACAAACGAGAAAAGUUAACGGUUAUUUUAGUAGGUUAGUUUCUUAUUAUAUGUUAAUUCAAACAACAAUGAAAUAUUAUUAUAUAAAUAUUUCAGCAAAUGUCAGUGGAAAAAUUAAAACAAAUAUUUGGAAGCACACAGUAAACAAACACAAACCGACACAAAAACAAACACAAAAGGACUAAUCCCACCUAGUUCCCAACGAGCGACAAAAGAUUAGCAAAACAAAGAACGGAAAAUCACCCAGUAAAGAAGCAUCUAGAAGUGUCAGUAUAAAUUGCCAACCCACUUAUUUGAUGUGAUCGAUGUUUUACGUAUAUACAUAAGUCUCACCAGUAAUUUGCAUCCGAGUCAAAAGGCCCAACCGCCCAACCCGAGUUUAUAUGCGGGAAGGUAAUUAGAGUGCAGUUCCCACUGGGAUGAUGGCAUGCGAAAAGAGGCACAAACGCACGCACAGUACCGCAGCCCGGAGAGCAAGCGAAUCCAAUUGUAUCGUAAACCAUCUGUGUUUUUAUUUAAACAUCUAUCUAGGUAGAAAGAUGCGUCACCGCACGCACCAAUCUCUAUUUUGUGUCUGACCGUCAGUGCAGGCUUCUUGUGAUAUCGCAUUCACAUCAUGCUUAUUUCCAUUUCCACUGCUACUACUGCAGAGAUCGAUCUGAUGUGGAUAAAGUGCCAAAAAGUAAUUAUAAAAUUGUAUCGUCUUCACCAGCCGUUUCGUUCAGGCUUUUCAUAAAGUGUGUGAUUUGUCCGGAUUCGAACUGAAUAACCACAAAUCUGAAUGACAAACUCCCCCGUAAAUCUGUAAUUCCAGCGGACCCCCAAAAUUAAUUCUAUUUAAUGUCGUACCGAUGGCCACAGCACCAAGAAAAUUAAACAUCACAAAUCAAGUUGUUGUAAAAAAUAUAUGUACUUAAAAGGAAAACGACCUGCUCGAGUUAGUUAUACACGGAAAUUAGUCUCACCAUAUUCUAUGUGAAUGUUUAGGACGAAGAAAACAAAACAAAAACUGUUUCGAAAAACAUCUAUUUUUAUAUUGAUAUUUGAAUCUUUUAAAAACAAAAAAAAAUCUAUAACGAUCGAACAACCAAUUCUAAAUUUUCGACCCAACGUACUACAACACUUUUCAUUUCGCGAGAAAUCGAAUAGCGGACGAAAAUUUUACAACAAAAGAAAGAAAUAUUCGUUUCGAACCUACUCACACUCCCCGUACACCUACAACAAAACACCGAAAAUGAAGAACAUCUGAUUAGAAGAGAAAGCUUAUACAAUGGAAGGACGGAAAGUUAAAACAAAAUCAAUUGUACUGUUAAAUGUCGUUGUCAACUAUGUACCUUGUAUUUACAAACUAAACAAAAUUAGGUCAAACAAACAAAGCAAAUACGAACUAAGUUUCACACGAGAACACACAAAUCCCCGAAAAUCACAACCCGGCAUUAGUUUCACAAAACCUUCUCACAACCCAAUAUUAUAACCACCUCUGAUAACGAAAACAACAUAUAACAUAUAUUUAACAACAUAAACCAGCAAGAAGAAGAGUAGGAACACUAAGAUAAACUAAUCACGAUACAUACAUACAUACUAUACCAAAUGAAAGUUGAAGCAAACAAGAACAAGAGAAAGGGAAAUGUGAAGAAUGAAGCGUCGAAUCGAAAACAAAACAUGUAACAGCCUGUGAGUUUAAAAAGAAGAUGAGGGGCAGCGAGCAAAAUGCGGAAAGCAAGUAAACAGACUGAUUCAAUAAACAUUAAAACAAAACAAGUGGUAAACAUCUUGCAGUAGUCCAGUUCAAGUGAGAAAGUU